UUUUUUUUGCUGCUUGCUCUUUCCCCCUUGCUCAUCACAACUAUCUGGACUCGCCCCACAUCUACAAGGAUCAACAGCGCAUCAUGACCGAGACUUAUCGAAAGCCCUCGGGCGGCAUUCCUGGCUUCCUCAGAUGGCACUAUAGCGACACCACCCUCCGUCGCACUUCAGACCAAGUCGAGAGGGAGAAGACAAUUGGACUGGGCCCCCUUUCCAUGGCCUACAACCGCUGGCUCAUGUUCCCUGCAGCCUUCAUCUUCCAGGCCAUCUGCGGCUCCCUUUAUGCUUGGUCCGUCUUCAACAACCCUAUUGAUAUCGCCAUGUACGGAGGUGGUGCCGAUGGCAAGAGUCCGCCAAAGCACAACGCCACUAUUACAUUCUACCUCGCCGUCGGCUUCUUCGGCUUGUCUGCCGCUAUCAACGGCCCCUGGUUGGAGCGUGUCGGUCCUCGUAAGGCGGCCUUGGUCGGAACUAUUCUCUUCUUCAUCGGCAACAUGGUUGCAUCCAUCGGUAUCCACUUCAAGAUCAUUGGAUUGGUCUACUUCGGCUACGGUGUCAUUGGCGGCUCUGGUCUUGGUCUCAGCUACAUCUCUCCCGUCUCUGCUCUUCAAAAAUGGUUCCCUGAUCGUCGUGGUGUGGCAGCCGGUUUUGCGGUGUGUGGAUUUGGAGCCGGCUCGAUCGCUCUCGCCAAGGUCCCUGAUCCUCUCACUGCCGCUGUUGGCUUGACCAACUGCUUCAUCACAUUGGGCUGCUGCUACUUUGUUAUCAUGUUCAUCUGCAGUCUCAUUUUCCGUGUGCCCCCUCCCGGCUUCACCGUCAAUGGCAUGGAUAUCUAUCGCAACAAGGUUGAUGAAAACGGAGAUGUCGAGGCCUUCAACGGCGACAAGGCUGCCGCCGCUCUUCGCAACCCCGCCUCGACCCUUUCCUUGAUCGAUUCGAUCUUCUCGCGCGAGUACCGUCUGAUCUACCUCAUGUUCUUCGGAAACUCCAUCGCUGGUCUCGUGUUCCUGUCCCGUCUCGCGAACAUUACCGCAGAUAUUUUCGGAAAGGACAAGGCAACUGCCUCUACCAUUGUCUCCAUCAACGGAGGUUUCAACUUGGCCGGUCGCCUGUUCUUCUCGACGGUAUCCGAUCGCCUCGGCCGCAAGAAUUCCUAUAUCUUCAUGUUGACUACCCAGGUCAUCAUCCUCGCCUCGCUCCCCACCAUUAUGGAGGCGAGAAACUACCCCGCAUUCCUCGCGCUCAUCUGGAUUCUGACUGCAUGCUACGGUGGUGGAUUCGGAUGCAUUCCCGCUUUCCUCUGCGACAUGUUUGGACCUACCAACAUUGGAGCCCUCCACGGUAUUAUCCUGACUGCCUGGGCCAUUGCCGGAGUGGGCGGCGGUCUCCUCUUCACCGCUAUCUACAAUAACUUGCUCGGAUCCGGCUACACCGUCAAGGAUGCCUGGAUCUAUUCUAAGAAUUUGUACUGGCUUCUCGGAGUAGCUGCCGCGGGUAUGUUGGUCGUCGUUUUCGUGCGCACCUCGAUCCGUGAUCGCCUGACGCCCAAGGUCGAAGGCGAAUUCACCCGCAUCCGUUUCUUUGGUCGUCUGAUUCGUGUCGGAUCAUUUGGUGUCAAGUUUAUCAGCAAGGAGCAGGAGGAGGCUGAGUGGGCUGCCUAUGUUGACUCUCAUUCUCAGCAGCCCUCGGAUCUCCAGGAGGUCAAGCCUCCACAUGAGAAGUAUGGAGAGAAGACUGAGUUGGAGGAAGUCAAGUAAUUCUGUAUAUAUAGCACGGCAAACUUGUCUUAGGAGACAUGGCUCCGCCUCAAAAAAUAUCGCAAUAUAUUCAACCUUUUG